CGUAUUGGCCAUACCUGAACAUUGACUGCGAGUACUAUACUACGAGUUGUGACGUAUGUCAGCGAGUUAAGAGUAUUCGUCCUAGUCCACUGCAACUUCGAUCAAUGCUACCUAGUUACCCACUUGAGCUACUAUAUAUGGAUUAUCUUACUAUUAAUAAUCAGAUGAUACUUGUAUUACAAGAUUCUUUUUCGAAAUUUGCUAAAGCUUAUAUCGCUAGUAGUUCUGAUGGUGUCCAUACUGCUCAAUAUUUAUUAGAUUAUUUUUUGACAUAUGGAGUUCCUACACGAAUUUCUAGUGAUAACGGAUCAAAUCUCCGUAGUAGAGAAGUAGCAAAUUUACUAGAAUCAUUUAAUAUACAACAUGAUUAUUCUCCUAGCCGUGCUCCUUACUCACAUGGUAUGAUCGAAAGAAUGAAUUCAUCACUACUCACAUUACUGCGCUCUUUUCGUUCGAAUUCUGAUUGGAUAAGUCAGUUACCAUACUUAAUAUUCAGUUAUAAUAUUACUCGAAACAGUACUACUGGCGUAGCGCCAGCUACAAUAUUCUUUGGUAGACAG